AUGACGCGCUCCCUGUCGCUCCUCCUCCUCGCCUUCGCGCUCUGUCUUUCCUCCGCUGCCGCCGGGCGCGCGGAAGCAGCAGCAGCAGCAGCAGCAGCAGCGGCAGACGCUGGAGAAGAUCCUCCAGCCUCUGUCCCAGAUGCAGCAGCUGCGGACCUCGCCGGCCCCGACGCCGCAGUGCCGCUUCCCCCCCAGGCCGAGCCGGAGCAGCUCCCGCAGCAGCCGCAGCAGCAACAGCAGCAGCAGCAGCAGCAGCAGGUGGAGCUGGAGGAAGCCUACGUGACGCUGCCGCUGCGGCAGGCCCUCAAAACCCGCGAGUUUUGGCUGCAGCGAGCUGCUGAGCUGCUGGUAAUGGCCCUGACUACUUAUGCAGUCUUUUGGGGCUACGGGAAGCUGGGGUGUCCGUUUAGGCGGUGGCCGCUGCGGCUGCUGGUGGAGCAGCAGCAGCGGGAAGCAGCAGCAAAGCGGCGGCAGCAGAAGCAGCAGCAGCCGCAGUACGAGCUGCGAGACAUCCCCCUUGACAGGUGA